UCAAGAUUUUACGGGGAAAAAGAGAAGAAAAGAAAAUCGGUUAGGAAUGGGAAAAGCCACCGAAGGGAAGCAGAGGCCGAGCGAAAAAGGAUUCAAGGCAUUUCGGUCCUUCAGAAUCCCGCGCGUCUCAUAGGGGAUCCAGAGCCCCAAGCCACUACUCUCUUCCCCUGUCUGUCUCAGGGCCUGGCUGCCUCAAUUUAGCUGAAAUACCGAUGCCGAUAGAGGAAGAUAAGGGGCGCGGCGGCGGCGGUAGCGGCAGCGAGGCGGCGAGGGCUUCGUCGUCUUUUGCCUCAGUCGGUGGCCGGCAGAGGUUCACUGUGGAGCUCAGGCCGGGGGAAACUACUAUUGUCUCGUGGAAGAAGCUCGUGAAGGACCCUAGUAAGGUCAGUGGACCGGUCUCGGCCCCUGAACCGCCGGCCAAUGCUCACCCUGCCCUUGAGUCUCGCUUAGCACCGGGACAACCUGUUCAAAAUGACGCAGCUGAUGCCCCUCCUGCAAGUCGUUUUAGUGCUGUUAUUGAAAAAAUAGAACGCUUGUACAUGGGUAAGCAUAGUAGCGAUGAGGAAGAUCUUAAUGAUGUUCCUGAUGAUGAUGAAUAUGACACAGAAGAUUCUUUCAUAGAUGAUGCAGAACUGGAUGAAUACUUUCAGGUUGAUAACUCAGCAAUAAAACAUGACGGGUUCUUUGUUAAUCGUGGGAAAUUGGAAAGGAUAGUUGAACCUACUUCAUUAACUAACCAACAGCCGAAGAAAAGAAGAAGGAAAGAUUUAGGAAAAGGCCAGGGUGAGGGUGAUGAUGGACAUGUACCAAAUAAACAUGUAAAAGUGGCAAAAAAGGCUGCUGGAAAUUUGUUGCCAUUGGGUGGGAAGAAUAUCACUGGUUCUUCUCAUGUUGUGGCACUACCUAGCAUGCAUCAAGAGGAUGCAAAGUUUCAGAAUCAAAUGAAUCCAUCUGUAGUUUGUGCUAAAAGAAAAUCUUCUGAAACUAAAACUUCAUUGGAUCCAUCUCCUACUUCCAAAGUUUCAAGUGGUAAUGCCUCUUUGUCUCUACCAGAGGAAACUGAUAUUGACAAGCAGAAGUCGGGAAUAUCCUCUUCUAAUUACCAGGGUAACAAAACGAAGGAUGGAGGUGAAGUGUUUGAAGCUUCUGUACAAAGUUCCCAUGACAAAAGUUCUUACGCACUAUGCAAAUCUGAGUCUGGGAAGCUGGGACUUAAUGUUAAUGUGUUAGAUCAAUCAGUUCAGCAUAGAGAAAAAGAUGGCAAUCCUGAAAGGCUUGACCUCAAUAUUUCCGAUGGAAAGCAUUCCAUGCAAACUAAAAUCACGCAGAAAGCUCCACUUGUACAGAGAAAGGAAGGUUCCAGUGUCAGGCCGAAAAGUACAAUGCUUGAGAAGGCCAUUAGGGAGUUAGAGAAGAUGGUUGCAGAAUCAAGACCAUCAACCAUGGAAGUUCAGGAAGCUGAUAUAUCAUCUCAGGCAGUGAAGAGGAGGUUGCCACGUGAAGUGAAGCAGAAGCUUGCAAAAGUUGCUAGACUAGCGCAGGCAAGCCAUGGAAAAAUAUCCAAGGAGCUGGUUAAUCGUCUUAUGAGUAUUGUUGGUCACUUGGUACAGCUGAGAACACUGAAGAGAAAUCUACAAGUCAUGGUUAAUAUGGGCUUGUCAGCCAAAAAGGAAAAAGAUGACAGAUUUCAGCAUAUGAAAAAGGAAGUUGCUGAGCUGAUUAGAAUGCGUAUACCCUAUAUAAAGUCCAAGGCACUUGAACAACAAGCUGGAUCAUCUGAUGAUUUCCAGGAAAUUGGCAAUGGUGAGAAAGAAGUCAUUAAAAGAAAAUAUAGCAUGGAUGACACAUUGGAGGACAGGAUUUGUGAUCUUUAUGACCUCUAUAUCGAAGGGCUGGAUGAAGAUGCAGGUCCUCUGGUGAGAAAACUAUAUGCAGAGCUUGCACAACUGUGGCCGGAUGGCUUUAUGGACAACCAUGGGAUCAAACGUGCUAUAUGUAGGGCAAAAGAUAGGAAGAGAGCAUUAUACAGCCGACAUAAGGAUCAGGAGAAACUCAAACGGAGGAAGUUGGUUCCAAGGACGGAGGAGACUGUUCGAGUUGAGACUAGCUCUGUUGCUCAGCCACAACACAAGCAAGAGAAAAUGAUUGUAGAUUCUACUAAUCAUAGUUUAGCUUCCCUCAGCAGCCCAGCCUCAAAUGCAGCAACAGCAAGCAGUCGGAUGCCUGCUAAUAUAGUGAACGGGCCCAACCUGGACAGGCCAAAACAAGAAAAAGGUUCAAGCAAUCCCAUUGAGAUGAGGACUGGUGACGGAUUGACAAAGAAGAAGGUGAAGAAGAAGCCAGAAUUGGAGUCGGGUGAAGCUCACAUCCGUUCGGAGAAGUCAGCUUCCGGACUGGGGGAGGAAAGACACAAGUCCCAUAAACUGGCUCCGGCUCUACUUCAAAAAUCGAGCUUUCCCAUGGCUUCUGCUGCUACUACUCCUUCUCGGAACUCUGAACAGCCUAUCUGACACAUGGCAAUAGGUCGACUAGGAGGAUCGCACAUGACACACAUCAUUGUGGUGGGUCUGUUUCUUCUCUGCGACUCCAUUCUUGUGGCUUUUUUUUGUUUUGUUUUUAGUCGGGUUAUUAGAUGAUGAUAAUGAUGUCAGGAUCUUGGAUUCAUUAGGGUUGCACUGGUCUCUGUAAUUUCUGUUUGCUAUGUGUACUCCAUUCUAUCUCGCCCUCCAAUAUAAUUAGGUUUCUGGGUA